CCGCGGAGCCGACCUGUGGGCCCCUGGCGGAUACUCGCAGACGGCGGAGCGCGCACGGAAGGGAGCAGCCGAGCGGGCAGUGUAGCGGAGCGCUGCGGGUCACGGGCUGUGCGCAUGAUGAGACCCGGAGAGGAGCGGCCCGUGGAGGGGGGCGCCUGCGUCUCCCGGCUGGAGCUGCUGAAGCUGCGCGCCGCGGAGCGCAUCGACGAGGCGGCCGAGCGCCUGGGGGCACUGAGCCGCGCGAUCUGGAGCGAGCCCGAGCUGGCCUACGAGGAGCACCGGGCCCACGGCGUGCUGACACGCUUCUUCGAGUGCGAGCCUCCGGCCGCGUCGUGGACGGUGCAGCCGCACUACCAUCUGGCCACGGCCUUCCGCGCCGAGUGGGAGCCGCCGGGGGUGGGCGCGACGCCGCGCCCCCUGCAGCUGGGCUUCCUCUGCGAGUACGACGCGCUGCCCGGCAUCGGGCACGCCUGCGGCCACAACCUCAUCGCCGAGGUCGGGGCGGCGGCCGCGCUGGGCGUGAAGGGGGCCCUGGAGAGCCUCCCCGGGCCGCCUCCGCCGGUGAAGGUAGUUGUCCUGGGAACCCCUGCAGAAGAAGAUGGUGGUGGCAAAAUUGAUUUAAUUGAAGCAGGGGCUUUUAAAAAUCUUGAUGUUGUUUUUAUGGCCCACCCAUCCCAAGAGAAUGCUGCUUAUCUACCUGAUGUGGCCGAACACGACGUGACUGUGAAAUACUAUGGAAAGGCAUCUCAUGCUGCUGCUUAUCCCUGGGAAGGAGUAAAUGCGUUGGACGCUGCUGUUCUCGCCUACAACAAUCUGUCUGUGCUGAGACAGCAGAUGAAACCAACCUGGAGAGUUCACGGCAUAAUAAAAAGUGGUGGUGUAAAACCCAAUAUCAUUCCCUCUUACUCUGAACUAAUCUAUUACUUCCGUGCACCCUCAAUGAAAGAACUUCCAGUUUUGACCAAAAAGGCAGAAGAUUGCUUCCGAGCUGCAGCUUUGGCUACUGGGUGUACAGUAGAAAUUAAAGGUGGAGCACACGAUUAUUACAAUGUUCUUCCAAAUAAGAGCCUCUGGAAAGCUUAUAUUGAAAACGGGAAAAAACUGGGAAUAGAAUUUAUUUCAGAAGAUGCAAUGUUGAAUGGUUCUUCAGGAUCUACUGAUUUUGGAAAUGUUACUUUUGUGGUUCCUGGGAUUCAUCCAUAUUUUUACAUUGGAUCUGAUGCCUUGAAUCAUACCGAACAAUACACUGAAGCAGCAGGAUCACAAGAAGCUCAGUUCUACACUUUACGUACCGCCAAAGCUCUGGCCAUGACUGCGUUGGAUGUUAUUUUUAAACCAGAGUUACUAGAGAGAAUCAAAGAGGACUUUAAAUUGAAAGUUCAAGAAGAAGAGUUUUUAAAUACGGUAGAAUAAAAACGAGAUCUAGGAGCCUCUUACGGAUCAUUAAGAAGUAAUGAUUUUUUUCUUUAAUCUUUUUUAAUGACGGAGGAGGGCAUCCUUAAUUUUUAGUCUUUUAAGGAAGUCAAGUUCCUCUUACCUGAAAAGCGAGGACAUGAUGUAGAGAACACACAUGACCUCAUCUCUAAGAUGAAAAUUUUCAGGGCACCAGGCUGGCUCAGCCAGUAGAGCAUGUGACUCUCGAUCUCUGGGUCAUGAGUUUGAGCCCCACGUUGGGCAUACGGUUUACUUAAAAAAAUUAAUUUAAGUAAUAAAACUAAUUUAAGUAAAUAAAAUGAAAAUUUUCACAAAUCUAUGUUUGAUGCAUUUGUGAUCUUUUAGGAGCUGAUAUGUGAUGGCAUCUCUUUUUUUUCUUUUAAGAUUUUAUUUUUAAGUAAUCUCUCUACACUCAACUUGGGGCUCAAACUCACAGCCCCACAAGAUCAAGGGUCACACCCUCCACCGACUGAGUCAGCCAGGAGCCCCUGUGAUGGCAUUUCUUAAACAACCUGGAUGAUACAUGGCUUAUCAGUGAUAAUAUUUUAUAAAUUCAAUUGUUGUAUAAGUAUAUUUUAAAAGAUUCAAGGGAUUUCAAACUUUAUAUUCAGAAUUGACCCAUGAAAGACUUUUUUCUUAAAUUUUUUGGUAUAGGGUGGUGAAAUAAUUUAGGGAAGGUUCAUUUUGAGUAUCUGACUGUAUCUAUUUCGGUUUAGAGAAUCCUUUCAUUGAUAAUAAAAGCGGGUUUUUAAUCAGAAAUGCUGUGGGAAACAACUGGAAACUCAGGUACAAAGAAUAAGCUUCAGUUAAAUCAUUUGAAGGAAAAUGAAAAUUUUUUUUAAUUAACUGAGAAAUGGCAUUAAAGUGUUAUUCCUAAUUCCAUAUUUGUGUAAUAGGAAAAAAUAUAGACGGGGUUAGACUCUUUCUGUGAAGUGUUUGCUUUGUAGCUCAGUGUGUUCUAGAGGGACUUAAUUAGAAAGGAGCAAAUUCUAUUUGCUUUGACUAGUAAUGUCAUAUAACUGAUCACCUCUACCCAGCAGCCCUAUUCAGGCUUCUACUCAGAAGCCGCCUGUCCAGUUUACUGAGUUUAGGGGACAGAAUUCUAAGCCUUCUUAAGCCCCAUGCCUUCUCAAUACUAGUUUUAAAGUAUUGUGAGGUUUUUUUGGUUCUUAGUGUGAAUUCCAUGAACAUGAUAAAAGAAUGUGAAAAAAAAAAGUAUCUGGUAAAGCAAAUACUUUAAGCUGUGAAUAUAGUAAAGCUCUGGUAUACUUUAUGUUAAAGGGAGUCCUCAAAUUUGAAGUGUAUUCCAAAAAUGGAAGGUAAAAGAGAAACAAGUGUUUGGCCUGUUACAAGUAAGUCACUCGGGGCCCCUGAGCCUUGAGCUCCCCAUUUGGAAAGUUAGAUCGCUCAUCCUUACAGUCCUUUGAACCCCUAAUUCCUAUUCUAUCUGAAGUUAUUUAAAGUUGGAAAAGAAGGAGAGUUAGUAGUUGAGAAUUGGUUUUCUUCUUAUCAAGGGACUACAAGCUAUGGCCUCAUUUGACAAGCACCCAAUUUUAUAUGGCUGGCAUGCUAAAAAUAAUCUUUACAUUUUUAGAGAGUCAUAGGAAAAAAAAUAUCAGAGACCAAGACCAGAUCAUGUGACCAGUAAAACUGAAAAUAUUUACGAUCCGGUCCUUUAUUUAAAAAAAAAAAAUUGCCAGUCUCUGUCCUAUAUAACAGCAAAAUAAAAUCAGUUUCUGUUUGGCU